GCAUCGAGUAUUCUACUGCGACAAGAUGGAGAUGCAGCAGAUGAUGGAAAUGCUGGUGAGGAUGGACGCCGAUAGGAAAACUGAUAAAGACGAUAUGCUGAAAGAAAUGAAGGCCGAUAGAAGGAAAGACAGAGAAGAUUUCCUGGCCAAAUUAGACGCCGAUAGAAAAACUGACAAGGAAGAAAUGAAGGCCGAUAGAAGGAAAGACAGAGAAGAUUUCCUGGCAAAAUUAGACGUCAACCAGAAACAAACCGAAGUCAUGCUGACAAAAUUAGACGCCUACCAAGAAAAGGCGGAGGCCGAUAGGAAGGCCGACAAGGAAGAAAUUAAGGCCGAAAUGCGAUCUAUGCGGUCAGAGUUGGAUGAUAAUAUCCAACAUCGAGUUGAAAACAUUUUGGCGAUCGUUGAGCACGACAAACAGACUCUCCGGUCAGAAAUAACUGAGCAGAUUGAAGUGUCCCUCUGCGCGCGGACAGAUAAAAUCCAGGAAGAGCUAACGAAAACAUCUGCAGCAAUUGACGAAACCAAACGCGAGUUCCAGGCCCGGUUGGACAUAGUGCAAAUGAAGGCCGAGCGGGGAAAUACAGCAACGAUCGUCGCGAGCACAGCUCAGCCACCGACAUUCUACGGGAAUUCAACGUGGAGCGUGUUCCGGCGACAAUUCGAGACCGUAGCAGAGCACAACCAAUGGACGGAUAAGGAAAAAUCGACGUACCUAAUUACGGCCCUGAAGGGUCGGGCGGCGGAAAUACUACCCGGCAUUCCGGCAAAUACAACUUACGAGGAAACUCUUCAGGCUCUAGAGGACCGUUUCGGGGACCAACACUUUGCAGCUGCUUACCACUGCCAGUUAAGAACAAGGACGCAGAAACCUACAGAGUCCCUGCAAGAUUUUGCCACGGCCAUUGAACUGCUUGCCCUUCGUGCCUACCCCAAUCUACCUGCAAACCACAUUGGAAGAGAGGCAGGAAAAGCGUUCGUAUACGGCAUACGAGAUGCCGAUAUUAAGAUCCAGCUGCUGCUGGGAGGGGAGAAGACGGUGAACGAGGCCCUCCGACAAGCGCUAGAGCUGCAGGCGGUACUGGUAGCAGCCAGACCUCACGGAGAUAGCACAAAGUUCCGAUCGUUCCCCACCCAACGAGGAGAUGACAAUAGACAGCACCAGGACCGAAAAGAAGGACCUCUAAGAAACAAACGGGAAUCGCCGGAGAAAUCAGAAUGGCGACCCAGAAACAACAGGGAAACAAACUGGAGAAAGGACCAACCGUCGGGAAACGAGCGACGGCCGGCGGAGAUGGGCGAACGCCGGCAUAUGCGUUAAGGCCCCCACACUACGCACUCACCGACAUGACGGAGAAAGCCAACACCAGUCUGGUCACCCAGGGAUGGGUCGGUGAUAAGCCGUGUCAGGUGACAGUGGAUACUGGAGCAUACGUCACGGUGGUAAGACCGGAUAUCGCCGCCGGAUGGCCUGAAAGACAGCCAAAUCCAGAUUUCUCGCUACAGACCGUGUCUGGAGGAUCCCUGCCCAUACUGAAAGAAGUUCUGUUGACCCUUACCCUAGGGCGCCAACCUAUUACGAUGUGGGUUUUCGUCGCGAAUAUCACCGAUGAGCUCAUCCUGGGACUGGACAUACUACGCGCCUACGAUGCUUCAGUGGAUAUAGGGCGCCAAACUCUUCGUCUGGCGGAAGAAGAAGUAUCGCUAUGGAGUCCUGGGGCAGGACCCCGUCCUUCUAACUUAGUAGUGGCAAAAGACCAUGUGAUACCCGCACGGAGCGAGGGAAUAGUGAUGGCUAAAAUGAAGAAUCGUCUGGGAGUAGAGAACGGUUUAGUAGAACCAAGCCCCCAGGCCCACCCUCCUGAAGGAAUUUACGUGGCCAGGACCCUAGUUCAGGACUGUCAAGAAGUACCAGUGAGGGUCAUGAAUGUUACCCAAAAGGACCAAAAGCUCAGGAGAGGAUCUCCUCUGGCGCACUGUGAGCCAGUAACACUCGUGGCUUUGCCCGAGAUGGGGCAGCCACCAGCACCAGGUCUAACACCGAAAUUAGCGGACGUGACCACAGCGGCCAAGCCACACCUAAGCCCCGGAGAAUUUCAGGAGUUAGAGGAUCUCGUGUCCGAGUACGCCGAUAUCUUCGCACAAGACAACGAAGAUUAUGGAAGGACAAACAGGGUAUAU